AUGAACUCUAUUAAGAAGGAAUCUGAAAUUAGUACUCAAACCAAAUUGAAAAAGCUUGUCAAAAAGUUGAGAGGAUUUAAAAAAUCCUUUUCAGAUUUGAAAUUAUCAACAAGUUUAGAUAAGGAAUAUUUUUCUCUGUCUAUUCUUUAUGUGUACUAUUUAAAUGUAAAUGGUUUUUUCAGUAAGGACUUUUGGGAAUCCUUUUUCACAUCCACAGAAUUUCUCAAAGAAUUCUUUGCCCCUUCAUCCAUCCUUUAUCAACCUAAUACCAAGGAAGAUUUGAUAUUCCUCUCUAAAAAACAAUCUAAAUUCAAAAUCAAAAAUAUUGACCUGUUUGAAACAAGUGAGGAGAUACAACAAUUAAUUGCAGAUAACCUUUUAAUUGACUUUCCAAAUGCACCACCAAUUGAAAACUUGAAAUCUAUUUUGGCUGAAAUUAAAUGUAAGAUAGAGUUAUCUGAGGACAUGGAGAAAAUUGUUAAAAGAAAAUUAUCUAGAUCACUUCUUGCAAUAUUUGAAGUUGGUUUUAGAGCUUUUAAAUUCUUUGGAAGGUAUUACUUUUGGGAUUUUAUCAAGUUCUACGUUGAAAAGGCAGAAAAAACACAAGGAGAAAUCAAGGACAUUUAUCAUGGUAUUAAUGAUCUAGUUUCUAGUGCCAAAAUCAAGCUCACAGAGCCAAAUGAUGUUAAAUUUGUUUUGUUUGUCGUUAACGCAUUCAAUAAGAGAAAAUUAGCUGAAUGGUUCAAAAGGCUUUCCUCUUUGCAACAAAUUGGAGACUACUUUACAGAGGAGUCGAUAAUUCGAUCCGACAAGAUGAAUGAUAUUAUUUCAUUAUUGGAAAAAGUAGAGAUUGUUUCGAAGUCAUACAUGGUAGAAGUGGAGUGUUCAGAAGAUUUUUCUUUUAAUUAUGAAAAAUGUGUGUGGAAUGAAUAAAGAAUUAAAUUAAAUAAUUAAAAGAAAAAAGUAUUGUAUGAUGACUUCGGCACAGUCACUUGACUUGAGGGUCUGAAUGCUGUUUCUUUAGUCAACAUGUGGUGUAUGAGCUCACACUGGCGAGGGUAUCAUGACAGAAUUAGUAACGAUCCUUUGUGGACGUGAGCUGUGUUUUUGAUCUUUCGUUCGAUACUAUGUAUACAUUUUUCUAGCUGUUGGUUGUUGGUUGUUU